AACUAAAAGCCAUUGAGCAAAGAGCUAAACCCGACUUAAUUAUUACAUUACUAUGAGUUUUUUGUUUAUUAUGAAUUAUCAUAUUCUUUAUUACAACGUUUAUUAAUACAUAUAUAACUACAAAAAUACUAGAAUAGUUUAAAUUUGUGUGAGACGCAAAGUAUAACUUUUAGCUUGCAUCAUGUGGGAAGACUUUGUUAACGAAGAUAUUGUUAACGAAGAUAAUACCAGUCAUUACAGUAUUCUGAAACAAAUGCGAGAAGAAAGUUUUAAUGACGCGGUAGCCUCGGCCCUGAUGCACGAGUGCAAGCACAGCGCGCCGGGCGCUCGGCUGUCCGCUCGCCUGCGAAACACUCUCGAAAGAAUGCGGCCGGAAGAGCGUCGCGAGGUGGUGAGCCGCACGAUGGACGGCUGCGCGCCGCUGUUCGUGGCAAGCCGGCGCGGCAGCGCGGAGGUGGCGGAGUACCUGGUGCACGUGUGCGCCGCCGAGCUGGAGCAGCGCGGCAUCUUCGAGGUGCCGCACGACCGCUCCACGCACGCCGUCACCCCGCUGUGGGCCGCCGCCGUGGCCGGCCGCCUGCCCGUGCUGCGCCUGCUGGCCGACGCGGGCGCGCAGCUGGACGCGCCCAGCGACAGCGGCUCCACGCCGGUGCGCUCCGCCUGCUUCAUGACGCACCUGGACGUGGUGGAGUUCCUGGUGGAGCGCGGCGCCGACAUCCACCGCCCCAACCACAACGGCGGCACCUGCCUCAUCAACUCCGUGCAGUCCGUGCCGCUGUGCGCCUACUUGUUGCAGAACGGUGCGAAUCCCGACGCGCGCGAUAUGCAACUGAAGACGGCGCUGCACUAUGCCAUCCAGGAGCAUCGCCACGAGACGGCACAGUUACUGCUCGAACGCGGCGCCUCCCCGCACUUGUUUUCGCGCGCCGGCGACGACGCGCUGCGCACGGCCUGCCUCAAGGGCUCGACGCAAAUCGUGCGGCUGCUGCUGUCGCGAGCGCGGUACCCGCCCGAGCGCGUGGCCGACGCCUACGAGCUGCUGGGCGCCACGCAGCUGGACGAGUUCAACGACGUGGCGGGGGCGCUGAACUCGUGGCGCCGCGCCACGGCCCUGCGCCACGCGCAGCCGCGCUACCUGGAGAAGCGCGGCGCGGCCGGCCACGAGGCCUUCGAGGAGCUGCGGCGCGAGACGCUGGGCGGCGCGCGCGAGUGGCGCAGCCCCGCGGAGCUGGACGCGCUGGCCGCCGACCUGGACCUGCUGCGCGCGCAGGCGCUGCUGGUGGCGGCGCGCGUGCUCGGCGUCGCGCACCGGGACACCGUGUUCCGGCUCAUGUACCGGGGCGCAUCGUACGCGGAAUCCUUUCGCUACCAGCGCUGCAUCGACCUGUGGAUGUGCGCGCUGCAGAUCCGCCUGAGCAAGGACUCGCUGCUGUACUCGGACACGUGCCACACGGUGAGCGCGCUCACGCGCCUCAUGCUGGACGUGGCGGGCGCGCGCGGCGAGCGCGCGGGCGGGCUGCCGCGCCACGCCGACGCGCUGCGGCUGCUGGGCGCGCUGCUGGAGCACCUGCCGCGCAGCCGCCGCGCGCUGGCCGUGCGGCCCGUGCACAAGCGCCAGGCCGACGCCUUCGACCGCGCGCUGCGCUGCGUGGCGCCGCUGCUGCUGCUGCUGCUGCGCACGGCGCGCGGCGCGCGCGAGCACGAGCGCGUGGCCGAGCGCGCGCGCCGCCUCGUGCGCGCCGACGUGCGCAGCGCCGCCGCCGGCGACACGCUGCUGCACGCGGCCGUGUCGCGCCUGGCCGCGCAGCGCUCGCCGCUGUUCGCGGAGCCGCUGGCCGUGCCCUACUUCGCCGAGCCCGUGCUGCCCAGCGUGGCCGUGGCGGCGCUGCUGCUGCGCUGCGGCGCGGACGCGCGCGCGCGCAACGAGCUGGGCUGCACGGCGCUGCACGUAGCCGCCGUGCCCGGCAACUUCAGCUCGGAGCUGGUGGAGGCGCUGCUGGCGGGCGGCGCGCACCUCGACCAGCCCAACGGCUUCGGCGACUCGGCGCUGGAGCUGGUGGCGCUGAAUCGCGGCUCGCGCGUGCGGCCGCUGCGCCACGUGUCGCUGGCGUGCCUGGCGGCGCGCGCGCUGCUGGCCGCGCGCCCGGCCGCGCCGCCGCCCGCCGCGCUGCCGCGCACGCUGCAAGCCUUCCUGGAGCUGCACCGCCCCUAGCUCGCCCUAGCCCUUCCCGUGAUGUACGUAUAGCCGUAUCUGUUUGACACGUACGUUCGGCCCGCAGGAUCAUAUUCCUUUACUUCUAAGGUUCUUAUCGUACGUUCCAUGUCUUACUGACGUCGUACUAAAAUUAUGAGGACGGUUAGACAAUUCCUACUCUUUGUCAUUGUAAUUACCAGAUUAUGAUAAAAUUGUCUACCGUGUAGAUAUAUAUUGAGAACUAUACUAUCUAAUGGAUUAUAUGACAUAGUGAGUUAUUAUUAUUAUUCUGAGAUGCAUCUCGGUUAAACCUUAUUGUUAGAAUACAUUGUUAAAGCUCACUAAUUAUUACUCAUUUACUUAUUUAUGUAAUUCUAGUCAAAAUAAAAAGAUGUAAGUA